GGUAUUGGAUCCUGAUUAUGAACGCCAUCACUUUUCUUGGAAAUUCAACGAUGAUACCUUCACAAUGCAUUCUCCGAGCGGUUACAAGAAUCUCUCCAUCUAAAUACAUCCGAGAAACCGCGUUUCGAUCCUAUCCUUCUCGGUUCUCAAGCUGCAUCAACCAAUACAGGAAUGCAAAUUCAGAUACAAUCAUCAGACCGACAAAUGCUGUGCCAUUUUGUACCGACAGGCAGAGCUCUGUUACAGCUCAGGUUGUUUCUGAGGCAAGAAGUCUCUCUGCAUCGACGACCUGCGCAAAUGACACGACCUUGGAUCAGAUAUACACCAAGAACGGCUUAAAUGUGAAACCUUUAGUUGUCGAGAGGUUAAAAGGACACGAGAAAGAUGAAGAGGUGGUCAAUGGAGAUGACAAAAGCGUAAACAGAGAUGGUUUCGAGGGUGUUAAGAGUAAUGACUUAGAGGAAGAGGCAUGGAGAUUGCUGAGGGAUUCAGUAGUGACUUACUGCGAUUCGCCUGUAGGAACGGUGGCUGCUAAAGAUCCAACUGACACAAUGCCAUCAAACUACGAUCAGGUCUUUAUUAGGGAUUUUGUACCUUCGGCUCUGGCUUUUCUGCUGAAGGGAGAAAGCGAAAUUGUUCGAAACUUCCUUCUUCACACGCUGCAGUUGCAGAGUUGGGAGAAAACAGUUGAUUGUUAUAGUCCAGGACAAGGGUUAAUGCCUGCGAGUUUCAAAGUCAGAACUUUACCGCUUGAAGAGGACAAGUUCGAAGAGGUUCUGGAUCCAGAUUUUGGCGAAGCAGCUAUAGGUCGUGUUGCUCCCGUUGAUUCUGGUUUAUGGUGGAUAAUAUUGUUGAGGGCAUACGGGAAGAUCACAGGGGAUUACUCGCUUCAAGAGAGGAUAGAUGUUCAGACAGGGAUAAAGAUGAUUGCAAACCUGUGUUUAGCAGAUGGGUUUGAUAUGUUUCCCACACUGUUGGUCACUGAUGGCUCUUGUAUGAUAGAUCGACGUAUGGGUAUCCACGGUCACCCUCUUGAGAUCCAAGCUUUGUUCUAUUCCGCUCUGCGGUCUUCUCGUGAGAUGAUAACUGUAAAUGACAGCUCCAAAAACAUAAUAAAGACAAUUAGCAACAGACUCAGCGCAUUAUCAUUUCACAUCAGAGAAAACUAUUGGGUUGACAAAAACAAAAUCAAUGAAAUUUACCGUUACAAGACAGAGGAGUACUCCAUGGACGCCACCAACAAGUUCAAUAUCUACCCGGAACAGGUUUCUCCAUGGCUAAUGGAUUGGGUUCCUGAAAGUCCUGACUCUGGAUUCCUGAUAGGAAACCUCCAGCCUGCUCACAUGGAUUUCAGGUUCUUCACCUUGGGAAACCUCUGGUCAAUCAUCUCCUCACUAGGAACACCAAAACAGAACCAAGCUAUAUUGAAUUUGAUUGAAGAGAAAUGGAACGAUCUUGUUGGUCAUAUGCCGCUUAAGAUAUGUUACCCGGCUUUGGAAUCUUCAGAGUGGCAUAUAAUAACCGGGAGUGACCCAAAGAACACGCCUUGGUCUUACCACAAUGGCGGGUCAUGGCCAACACUUCUCUGGCAAUUCACACUGGCAUGCAUCAAGAUGGGUAGAUCAGAAUUAGCAGAGAAAGCAGUUACCAUGGCAGAGAAGAGGCUCCAAGCUGAUCGGUGGCCAGAGUACUACGAUACAAGAGACGGGAAGUUCAUUGGAAAACAGUCCAGGCUUUACCAGACAUGGACAAUUGCUGGUUUCUUAACUUCAAAGCAGCUGUUGCAGAAUCCUGAAAUAGCAUCUUCCUUGUUCUGGGAAGAAGAUCUUGAGCUUCUAGAGUCUUGCGUCUGCGUUCUCACGAAAUCAGGCCGGAAGAAAUGUUCACGAGCCGCAGCAAAGUUUUCGCUCAGAACACCGGCGAUGGCGUGGACACGACUGAUUCAGAGCGCGAGAGCAGCUCUAGGGACAACGCACUCGAGUUCCACUCUUGGCCUCCCCAGAUUCUACUCCAAACCAGCUACUUAUUUCGUGAAGGUUGGGAUUCCAGAGUUUCUAGGCGGGAUUGGCAGAGGUGCUGAGACUCACAUUGCCAAAAUUGAAACUGAGAUCGGUGACCUUCAUAAGCUGCUUGUGACCCGUACCCUCAGACUCAAGAAGCUUGGCAUUCCUUGCAAACAUAGGAAACUUAUACUCAAGUAUGGCCAGAAAUACAGGUUGGGGCUGUGGAAACCUAGAGCUGACGCUAUUAAGGCCUGAUCAAGUCUCUGUGUGGAACUGUGAGUCUCGGAAUAAGCUGUAGUACUUGAAUGAUCAUUGUCAAGCCAGUUCAGUAUUGGAUAAUAUAGACUGUACAAGUAAUGUUGGUUUUGAUGUUUACGCAAGUUACUUAACAAACUUAGUGAAAUUUC